CCAAUAAGAGAGCUUCAUUGUCCUUCAUUCAAAAUGGCCGUCCGCAUACUGUCGAGCUCGAACGUGUCUUAUUAAAUUAAUUCAAAUUCAUUGUUAUUUUGGAAGCUUGAAUAGAAAAACGUAGUGGAACACUUAAUUAAAGGUAUAAUGGAGGUGCCUGUAACAGAAGCGUUACCGGGGAAGUCCAGAAAACGUCCAAAAUUACCAGAGAAAUGGAAAGCAAAUUUGGCAAAAAAAGAGAGGUACUCAUCGCACAGUUUACCGGAACCGAUUACCUGUAAUCACGACACAAAAACUUACCAGUGUAAGAAAUUAAAAGUACGAGAUCUACAAAAAUUCCAUGACAGGUUCUACGCAACACCAUUGAAAGCUAAACAGGAUGCAUUAAUACUAAAAUGCUGUACUAUAAAAAAAACAUGUCGCAGGCGGCCUACAAAAAAUGUCAGGAAAUGCAGAGAAUAUACCAUAAAGUAUGCUAUAUAUGCCCAAAAAAAAAUUGUGCCAGUAUGCCAACAAGUGUUUUUGAAUACACUUGGAAUAAAAAAAUAUCGUGUGCAGUUUGUGAUGCAGAAUUUCUUUACCACAGGAAAACUUCCUGACGAAAAAAGGGGUGGCGACCGUAAGACCCAGAAGUAUGCCGCUAAAAGACAAUCUGUCCGUGAAUUUAUAAAAUCGUUGAAAUGUGUCGAAUCACAUUAUUGCCGAAGUUCAACGCAACAGCGUAAAUAUCUCCCAAGCGAGCUCAACAUCAAUAAAUUGUAUAAGUUAUACAAGUCUCAAAACCCUGACAGUACUGUGAAAUCUUCGUACUUCAGGUUUAUCUUUAACGCAGAUUUUAACCUGAGUUUCGGAACACCGAGAACCGAUGUCUGUUCGAAAUGUAUUGAAUUGAGUGAAAAAAUUAAAACUGAAAAUGAUCAAUCGGUAAAAGUUAACCUGAUGACAGAAAAAAGAAUACACAGACUUAAGGCACGCGCAUUCUUUAACAUGCUCAGAGAGAAAAAGGAAGGAAUGGCAACGUUUUCUUUUGAUUGCCAAAAGAACUUAGUUCUGCCUAAACUGCCGGAUCAAAGUUGUUACUAUAGCAGACAACUUUACCUGUAUAACUUUGCAAUGAUUCGAGGAUCUUCCAAAGAUCCGUUAAAUAAAGAUACGUCGUUUGCCUAUACAUGGACCGAGAAUGAAUUUGCUAAAAGUGCAAAUGAAAUAGCUUCCGCCGUUUACGACCGAUUAAAUAAAAGCGACUUCACAAACGUCAGUCACAUCCGUCUGAUAGCAGAUGGAUGUGGAGGUCAGAAUAAAAAUAGCUCAAUGCUAGCUAUGUGCUGUCGAUGGCUAUUGGAUAACAAAUCUAUUAACAAAAUUGAGCUGGUAUUUCCAGUUACCGGUCAUUCAUACAUGCCUGCCGAUAGAGUUUUUGGGAACAUCGAAAAAGAAAUACGGAAAAAAGAAGUUAUCACAUCGCCUUCGGAGUACAUUGACAUUAUUGGCAAAUACGCCACCAUUACGGAACUGACAAGCGUACCCAUUUACGACUGGAAAACAUGCGUACUGCAAGUUUUGAAAACAACUGCUCAGUUUCAUUUCAAAAUAUCGCAGUGCAAACGAUUCAUCUUAAAGAGGUCUAAAACCCGAGAAAAUGUGUUGGUGCGUGGGGAAGUUUUCUAUAACUCCGAUACUGGAGUAUCAAAGACCAUCUGCAAAGCUGGCAAAACAACCGAGAUGAUAAAACCAUCUAUUAUUACGAAAGGCGUGGUGGUGAAAAGCCUUAAAUUACGAGAUGUUAAGCAGCUAUUAACAAAGCAUUAUGGCGAAAAUUGGGCAGAACUGCAACAAUUGCAGUUCUACACAAACGUGUUGAGUGUUCAAAUCGAUGAAGAUGAAGAACCCACCGAAGAAAUUGAUUGUGAGAUGGGCUCUCAAGACGAAGAGUGUGGUAUACGGGUGUAAGUUAAAGAUAAGGCAAAACUUUACUGAAACAAAUUUUUUCAUGAAUAAAAAAUUGUAAUUUCAUAAUUAAAA